AUGUCUACUUCGCCAUGGAAGAACAACGAGCAACCUGAGGUUGUCGUCGACAAGGUGCUGCGACGGGCGGAGAUGGGAAAGAUUGGCCGCAAACUCAAGACUCGUCUCGCCCUCGCACAAUACAAAGCCACCCGCGGCUGGGAAGAUCUCACGCUUGACACCAUUGAGCCAAGGGUCGAAGAGGAGCUGCGACGGAGGAGACCAACGUCCAGCGGAGAUGCGCUGUCCGACUCGUCGUCGAGCACUGCCUCCGAGCUGCGAUAUCCCAAUACAAGGCAGCUCAUGAGCUCUCCCCUUAAAGGCGCAAUAUUUUCCGACCAGGUUGGCCCGCGAAGUGGCAGUGGAAGCAGCACGGGGCACCGAAAACGCAAUUACCACCAUCACAACUUUGACCUUCCCAGCUCAACCUCCAGCUCCCGGAAGAAGCUUCGUUCGUCUCCCGUGGCUUCAAGGUCGCACAGCUCCCGCCAGGGCUCCUGGGAGACCCAGCGCCAAUUGACACAAUCGUCGCCCAUCAAAUCUCGAAAGGCAACCCAUUUCACCACAUCCGCGGGCCCAAAUGUCUCCUUCUACCGGGGGUCUUCUCAUAUGCCGCAUGAUAUCCCAUCGACGAAUUUUGCUGCCGAAUCAGACGAGGAAGACAACUGCCUACCAACAUAUUCCUUCAACAUCCGCUCCUCGCCUCCUAGCACUCCUCCUCCCGCCCGCGGUCGAGGCGGCAGUCGCCGAGCAAAAGACAAGAAUGGCAAGUCGGAGGAGGGUGCGGAUCUUCUGCUUUACCUCGCAACCUCGCCGUCGCCCGCAAAUCCAUCAUCCCGGGGCGCACGUAUGCAUCCACCAUCCACCCCACCGCCCAAGAGCUCUCCCCUUCCAUCGUCGAUGAUGACCACCCCGGGGGGAGGAUCCGGCUUCCUCUCGGUAUUCGGGGGGCCCAACACUCCUUCGCAAGCCUUCGAUUUCAGUGAUUUCGUCAAUAUUACUCCCAGCCCAGCGCAAAAAGCCUGGCCCAAGACACCGCGCACCCUUAAGACGCCCCUUGCCGUGGCACGAAGGCGGCUGACCUUCGACAACCUCCAGCCGCCACAUUCCAGCCCCGGCCUACGAGAUCAGGUCACCAGCUCUGCUAAGCAUACCGGCCUCGGAAUGCAGCUUGGCGGAGACCUCAUGUCAUGA